AUGCUUCGGGACCAAAUGAGAGAGCACCAAGAAAGAGUCGACAAAAUACUGGGUGCCCCAAAACUCUUGCCAAAAAGAGAUGCUGGUCGGUUCGUUGAGCAACCCUACAGUGAUGAAGCCGCCCCACAUGCCAUACCCAAGACCUUCAAGAUGCCGCCUUAUCUGAUAAUAUAUGACGGUACGACCGACCCCGAAGAUCAUAUGACUCAUUGUGUCACUGCGGUAAAGGGCAAUGAUCUCGCCAAAGAACAAGUGUCCUACAUCUUGUUGAAAAAUUUCGGCGAGACCCUCACCGGAGGAGCAUUAACUUGGUAUUCACAGCUGCUCGCGUGCUCCAUUGAAACAUUCGAAGAGAUGGCCAGCAAGUUCGUAUCAGCCCAUGCUGGGGCUAAAAAGGCAGAAGCAAGAGUGAACGAUAUAUUUACCAUCAAACAAUCACUCGGAGAGGGACUGGGGGAAUUCCUCGCUCGAUUCAACCGAGUUAGGAUGACCUUACCAAAUGUAUCGGAAGGCAUGGUUUUAGCAGCUUUCCAAAACGGGCUAAACAGGAAUGGAUCAAGGGCAACCAGAAAGUUAUUAAAUCAGCUUAUGAAAUAUCCUCCAACCACUUGGGAUGAAAUACACAAUGCCUACUGCGCCGAUGUUCGUGCUAACGAAGACGACCUGAAUGGGCCAACCCAGUGGUUGACCUCGGUACAUGCCGAAUCCAAAAAGGAUCGAAGAAAUGAUGCCAGGAGGGAUAUUGCAGCUCCACGACCCAACAGAGAAAGGCAUCGGCCAUAA